UAAUUUGAUGAAUAUCAAACUCUCGCGUGAAGCGUGAAGCAUUUCUUUAUAAAAACAUGAUAAAAUAUGGAUGUUUUCGACUGAUACAAAUCUCUUGGCUCCCAGUACUAUCAAGCAUUGCGACUGGACAGCUGUAAACGUGUAAAAUUUCCCCAUUAUUUGUCGAAGACAGGUUAGACGGAGUUGUUUUUGCCAUGGCGCAAGUUCGGGUUGGUCCAAGUUUUGUGCUUGUUGUUCUUUUGAUGACUUUUCGUGUUUCCGCUCAUGGCGACCACGGGGAAGACAGCAACGAGAAACAGGACGAUGACAGCAAAGAGUUCCACAAGAAGUCAGCUAUUAAAAGGAGUCAUCUCCUUGCCCACAUGGCAGAUAGAAUGGAUCUAGACGGUGAAGGAUUGAGACACAUCAAAAAGCAUCUUAUAGAAAUGACCGGGGGAGCAGACCUUCAAGAUUACAUAGACAUCCAGAAGGGGGAUAACAAUAAAGGUAUAUUCUAUUUCUUCAAACUCCAUGAUUACGACAAUAAUCAGAAGUUGGAUGGUCUUGAGUUGAUGAGUGCCCUGACAGACUUUCACGAAGAUGACUCCGGGCCUGAAGAGAAAGCCGGUGGCAAUAACUUCUUAGAUCAUGAGGCGGAGGCAAUAGUGGAUGAGAUGUUAGAAAAGCAUGAUAAAAACAAAGAUGGUAUGCUGCAAUUCUCGGAGCUUAUGGAUACUACUAUCAGCUCAUUGGUCAAUGACCUUGACAAUCCUCCACAAGGUGAUGCAUCAGAAAACGAUAAAAAUGAGAAGGAACCAGAGCAGAAACAAGAAUCUCAAUAGCUUUACUCCAUAAUUAGGGCUUUAUACAAUUACCAGGGUUAAAGACAAUAUAAAUGAACACUGUACAAAAAUUAACCAAUUUUGUAGUAUCCAUCAGCAUGCAACAUGACAGAAAAAACCCUGAACAUAUGCACCUCAAAGAGAUGGAAAAAUAAGAUACAAUUCUUGCAAUGGCCAUCACUUCCUCGUAAUCUGGACUGAUUUAUUCUUUUCAAAACACAAAUAACGUGAGGCUGAAAUACACAUACCAAGAUUUUUGCUUUUUUUAGAUAAUUUUUUCUUGAUCAUCCUUGCGCUUUGUGUGACCUCAGGGACAAGAAGGCCAAUCAAUUUAAAAAAAAGUAACAUUUGAUAUUUUUGUUUGAUAUUACUCACUAAGUACUUUAAGGAAAUUUUCCACCUUGGAAACAUCAAGCCAUGUUUUUCCGUCAUGUCUCAGCAUUUGCUAAUCUUUGAAAAAGUAUCCAUUUCAUCAUGUGCCAUUAAAAAGAUAUUUUAUUUCAAAGUUACCAUUAAUUUUUUUCUACUUUCACUGCUUUAACUGCAAAAUCUUUUGGUUGAAAAAUUCAAACCGAGGUUUUGCAGGCUGUGUAUUUUGUUUCUAUGCAUCUUAGUCACUCUAUAAAACUUUUGUACCUGUAAUAACAUAAUUUUCAUCAUUUUUUUAGGUUAGCAUUAAAAGUAUGUAACGUAAACAUUUGGUUCAGUAUAAAAGAUGUAAAAGCAACCCAUUUGACUGUACAUUUCAUUUGUAACAUGGUUUGUCCAGAAAACGCCAGGUCUCCCUCUACUAACUAUGAUUGUAAUUUAUACGUAAAAAAUUUUUAGUAACAAAAAAAUUCAUUUUUA